UUGACCUUUAUGAAAACAACUUUGUUGGAUGGAUUCCCACAUCAAUUGGCAACUUGAUAAACUUGCAGGGCUUGUACUUGGGUAAUAACAAACUUACAGCAUCUAUCGGAGAUGAUAUAUGUAAAUUGCAGCGCUUGGAUGUCCUAGACUUGACUCAAAAUCAAUUUUCAGGUUUUCUUCCUAGUUGUUUAGGAAACAUUACUUCCCUUGGAGAGAUAUAUCUGGGUUCCAAUUUAUUGAGUUCCAAUAUACCACCAAGCUUAGGGAACCUUAAAGCUCUAGUGGUUCUUGACUUAUCGUCAAACAGCAUGGUAGGUUCUUUACCUCCAGAGAUUGGAAAUCUAAAGGCUGCAACAAUGAUAGAUAUGUCAAUGAAUCAAUUCUCAAAUGAAAUUCCUAGAGAAAUUGGAGAAUUGCAAAAUUUGGUUCACCUUUCUUUGAGACACAACAAGUUGCAAGGAUCUAUACCUGAUUCAGUUAGCAACAUGGUAGGUUUGGAAUUCCUAGACCUUUCUCAUAAUAACAUAUCUGGAAUCAUUCCUAUGUCUUUGGAGAAACUUCAAAACCUGAAGUAUUUCAAUGUUUCUGUCAACAAAUUGUAUGGUGAAAUACCCUCGGGGGGUCCUUUCAAGAACUUCUCGAGUAAGUUUUUCAUCAACAAUGAAGCAUUGUGUGGUUCUUCAAGGUUUAGUGUUCCACCGUGCCCCACUUCAUCAAAGCACAAAUCUAGUAGAAAAAAAGUGUUUGUUCUUUUUCUUUUGCUGGGAAUUGCACUAGUGUUUGCUCUUAUCACUUUUGUGUUUAUAUUGAUAAGGAAUAGAAGAGUUAAAAGAACUCCUCAACAAGAUGAUUCUAACAUAACAAGAGAAAGAAUUUCAUACCAUGAACUGCUCCAAGCAACGGAUGAUCUUAGUGAGAGUAAUCUGAUUGGUUCGGGAAGUUUUGGCUCUGUUUACAAAGGAAUUCUCAAAAGUGGAAUUGUCGUUGCAGUUAAAGUGUUCAAUCUUCAGCUAGAUGCGGCAUUCAAGAGCUUUGAUACGGAAUGUGAAGUUCUGCGCAGUUUUCGCCAUAGGAAUCUCGUAAAAGUCAUUACUAGUUGUUCCAAUCUUGAUUUCAAGGCUUUAGUUCUCGAGUAUAUGCCUAAUGGAAGUCUUGAGAAGUAUUUGUAUUCCCACAACUACUUCCUCGACAUUAGGCAGAGACUAAGCAUAAUGAUAGAUGUGGCAUGUGCAUUAGAAUAUCUCCAACAUGGGUGUUCAUCAGCUGUGAUUCACUGUGAUCUAAAGCCUAGUAAUGUCUUGCUGGAUGAGGAUAUGGUUGCCCACCUAAGUGACUUUGGCAUUUCAAAACUACUUGGUGAAGAUGACAGUGAUUUGUAUACUAAAACUUUAGCAACAUAUGGGUAUAUUGCACCAGAAUAUGGAUUGGAUGGGUUGGUCUCAACAAAAUGCGAUGUCUAUAGUUAUGGGAUCAUGUUGCUGGAAACGUUUACUAGGAGAAAGCCAAAUGAGUUUGAGGGAGAUCUUAGCUUGAAGCAAUGGGUGAGUUAUUCACUUCCAGAUGCAGUAAUGGACGUCGUAGAUGACAACUUGGUAACACCAACGGGUAAAGGCUUACAGAAGGAGCUUGAUGUAGUGGCAUCAAUCAUGAAUGUGGCAUUAGAAUGUUGUGCUGAAUCUCCGGCAAGAAGGACAAACAUGAAAGAUGUUGUAGCGAUGCUGCAGAAGAUCAAGAUUCAACUUCUUGCAUGUUGAGCAUGUUUUUGGAAUCCGUUGUUCCAAAUCAGUUGUUUCGAAGGGGGAACUUGUAAAUUGAAUAACUAAAACCAAAUUGUUCCUCUUGAAAAUGAACUUUUUAAAACUUCUUAGAGGAAUUAACUAUAUGGAUACUAAUAAUGGAUAAUUACUAGACACCUAGUUGUUGUAGAGUUGUUAUAGUUGUUGUAACUUUAAAGUCUAUCCUUGUUAAUAUAGGUUUUGUAUAUACUCUUUAAAUAGUUGUCAUACGAUUAAUAACAUACGAUUAUUUUCCCA